AUGCUUGUCACUUCCAAUUGCAGCCUGGGCUCUGUGACACCCAUUGUGGUGACAGUGGGCACCUUCGGGUCCAGCACUGCCCGAAACGCCUCCCCCGCUGGGGGAGCUGCCAUCAUGGCCCCCGGGCAAUUUAAGGCACUUCCUGUCUCAGACAGAUCCAUUCUGAGCAUUGUGGCCCCAGAACACGGCGGCUGCCCCUCAGCGCAGCUGAUCCCUGCCCCACCGCAGACGGGCCCCAGCUCAGCCCGCCUCAAGCAGGAGUGCAGUCUCUCCCUCCUCACCUGUCAGGACUUCCUGCCGGCUGACAUCCAGACUCAGUUCACUGUGAGCCGGGAGCUGAUCCGAAAUAUCUACAACAGCUUUUACAAGCUCCGCGAUCGGGCUGAGCGGAUUGCGUCGAGGGCCAUCGACAAUGCUGCUGACCUUCUCAUAUUUGGGAAGGAAUUAAGUGCUCUGGGAUCUGACACGACCCCGCUCCCCUCCUGGGCCCCUCUCAGCAGUAGCACAUGGGCGUCCCUUAAGCAGGCGCUGAAGGGCCUGUCUGUUGAAUUUGCACUGCUCGCUGACAGGGCUGCGCAGCAGGGCAAACAGGAGGAGAACAAUGUGGUGGAGAAACUGAACCUCUUCUUGGAUUUGCUCCAGUCCUAUAAGGACCUGUGUGAGCGGCAUGAGAAGGGCGUGCUGCACAGGCACCAGCGGGCCCUGCACAAGUACAGCCUGAUGAAGAGGCAAAUGAUGCGCGCUGCUGUGCAGAGCUGCGAGCCCGAGGCCGUGGAGCAGCUGGAGACCUGCAUCGUGGAGCAGGAGAAUGCGAUUCAGACGAUGGAGCUGCAGAACUGCUUCUCCCUGUACUGCCUGCACCAGGAGAUGCAGCUGGUGCACGCCUACCUGCCCCUCACCUCCCACAUCCUCGGAGCCUUCGUCAACUCUCAGAUCCAAGGGCACAAGGAGAUGAGUAAGGUGUGGAAUGACCUGAGGUCCAAGCUGCCUUGCUUCUUCGCGGGACAGAACAGCAACGCCACCCCCCCGAGGUUCCUGCAGGACGGUGUGUCUCCUCACUAGUGCUGAGUGCUUCCGAGGCCUCACUAAAGCCUCUUUCCAAAUGCUG